CCGAGCACCAAACACAACGCCCUUCCUCUUUCCCUUCUUCCCUUUUCCACACUGACCACCCAACGAUAGCCAGCCCACCGCGGGGCACCCGCAAUUUCGUGCACCGCACUUCACCCACCACCUACCCUCCUGCCCCCUCAAAAACUAUCCAUCCACCCUACCGGCGACCGAUUACGAUCGAUUCGGCACGACCUGAAGGAGAGAGGAAGGACGGCGGAGGAGGAGGUGGUGGUGGCCAGAUCUGGGUAGCUGCGGCGAUGAUGAAGUCGCUGCUGCCGCAGAGCCAGCUGCGGCGGUCGGCGGCGGCGGCUUCGGCUGCUGCCGCGCGGUCGUCGGGCGGCGGCGCUGAGGGGGCCGCGUCGGACGGCGGCGCGGGCGCGGGCGCGCGGGCCGCCUCCUCGUCCACCUUCUGGUUCCUGCUCCACGCGCUCUGCUGCUUCAUCUCCCUCUUCCUCGGGUUCCGCUUCUCCCGGCUCCUCUUCUUCCUGCUCUUCUCCAGCAGCGCGCUCUACGCCGCCUCCAACAACAAGUCCGCCGCCGUCCUCCGCGCCAUCACCACCACCACCACCACCACCACUACCACCACCACCACCACCAACACCUUCACCCUGUCCUUCGCCGCCGCCGGGAACCCUCCCCCUUCCAACCCGGACAACUACACCGCGCUGGACGCGGCGGGGGACGCGGCGACGUCCGGGAGCACGCAGAGCCAUGUCGUUGUGGGCCGGCACGGGAUACGGAUCCGGCCGUGGCCGCACCCUGAUCCCGUCGAGGUGAUGCGGGCGCACCGGAUCAUGGAGCGCGUGCAGGAGGAGCAGCGCCGGUGGUACGGCAUCAGGGAGCCGCGCCAGGUGCUCGUCGUCACCCCGACCUACUCCCGCGCGUUCCAGGCGCUCCACCUCACCGGCCUCCUCCACUCCCUCCGCAACGUGCCCUACCCGCUCACCUGGCUCGUCGUCGAGGCCGGCGGCACCACCAACGGCACCGCGUCCCUCCUUGCACGCUCCGGUCUCACCUUCGUCCACAUCCCCUUCCCGGACCGCAUGCCCCUUGAAUGGGCCGACCGCCACGCCACCGAGAACAGCAUGCGCCUCCACGCCCUGCGGGUGAUCCGGGAGAGGAAGAUGGAUGGUGUAGUUGUGUUUGCGGAUGACAGCAACGUCCAUAGCAUGGAGCUGUUUGAUGAGGUGCAAAAGGUACAGUGGAUGGCUGCGGUGUCUGUGGGUAUCCUUGCGCAUACCGGAACGGCGGAGCAGCCACGCCUUAGCGAAGAGGACAAGCAGAAUAUGCCUCUUCCAGUCCAGGGUCCUGCCUGCAACUCUUCGGGGCAUUUGGCUGGAUGGCACACAUUUAACUCCUUGCCGUUUUCUGGGAAGACUGCCACGGUUGUUGGCGAGGCAGCACCGGUGCUACCGAGGGGUUUGGAGUGGGCUGGGUUUGUACUGAACUCAAGGAUGUUGUGGAAGGAGGCAGAGGGCAAGCCUGAUUGGGUGAAGGACCUUGAUGCUGUGGGGGAGAAUGGGGAGGAGAUUGAGAACCCCCUUACACUCUUGAAUGAUCCGUCCUUUGUUGAGCCAUUGGGGAACUGUGGGAAGAAGAUCCUGCUGUGGUGGCUCCGUGUUGAAGCUAGGGCUGACAGCAAGUUCCCACAGGGGUGGGUAAUUGAUCCACCUUUGGAGGUUGUCAUUCCUGCCAAGCGAACACCAUGGCCAGAAACCACCACCGAGCUUUCAUCUGAGUUGUCAGGCGCCAAGCAAGAGCAGGAGGACAGGCGGCUAACAAGAACCAGCAGAUCAACUCGGCCUAGAAGCACCACCACGAAACGGAAGGCUGACAUUCAGAACUGAGGCAGGAUAAACAGACCAUGUAAUGUAUAUCUCACAUCCGCGCAAACUAUUAUAGGAGGCAUAUCCAGUCAAUCUGGUGGGUAUUGUGUUUAUUUUUUUGCUGAUGUUUUGCUCCCGCGGCAGCGAUGCUUCAUGCUUGGAUAUGUCUUCCUGUAGAAGACUGUUUCUUUACCAGCAGUUGUACUUGUUGUGCUAUAAUAUACACCGCAAUCGGAGUCAAGAAAAUGGUGUCUAAAUUCAGGAUAACCUAUAUGCAUCUGAAUUCUGAAGUACUGUGUGAUCAUUUCUUGAAGCACA